ACUGAAUUGCACAAUAUCCCAGAAACAUCUCAGCAAUGGGGGGGGGGGGGGAAUUCCUCCCUCCGGUUUGCUGAGGUUGUCGAGAGGCGAGCUCCGAAAAGUUCCGCUUUAUGGCUGCGCGAGGAAGCGUUUUCGCCGCGUUGUGUUGCGCAAGGAUGCCCGCUCAGAACUUUGCGCGCCUAUGAACUUCAGCAAUCGUCUCUCGCUGCCCGGGCAAACCACGACCCGGACUUGUGCAAGGCGGGAAACCGAGUUCAUCUGAAUAGCUUCUCCAGUUUAAAAACCAAAAACUUUUUGUGUGAGGAAGUUUUUAUGAAUGGGGCUGGGAGGAGGAGGAGGAGGAGGAGGAGGAUUCUGUGGGGGUUGGAGAACGGAACUGUGAUGAAUGCGAGCGGAAUUCGCUUUUUCCUGGAAAAGGACAGCAUUGGGAUUGUGAGGGGAAUUCGGCUCGCUUCGGUUAGAGGUUGGACUUGCGCUCUCUGAAGGCAGAGAGAGAGAGAGACUUCCUGCUCUCUGCGCGAGAUAACUUUCUGCAGGUGUGUGGGAGGAAGCGAGAGAGACCUCGCUGGCCUCUCCUUUUCUCUCUCUUUCCAAAAGGGCGUCGGACUGAGCUGCGAAUAGAAGCAACUCGGAGGAGGCGGCUGCAGAGGAAAGCGCGGGACCGGUCGUGUCUGCGCGUGUCCUAGUUCUCUUCCACGAAGCUCGCGCGAGGAGGGAGAAAAGGCGUGUGUGUGUGUGUGCGCGCGCGCGGCGCCUCUGGCCUCCCAAUUAAAAGUUUUGUGACUUCAGGCGCUUUGUGACUUCACUCGCCUGCCAGGCUGCUCUCCGCUUCCGCCAGCCGGCGCGGCCUCUCUUGCCUCCAUGCCUGGCGGCGGGGAGAGGCAGCCGCUGAUCCCUAGGGGGCGCCGCUGGCGGUGGCAGCAGCACAGGAUGCCCUGCUGCACUCAAGGAGCGGCCUUCGUUCCGACGCUGCUGGUCAUCUGGUCUUCGGCCUCCUUCAUCAUCUCCUACGUGAUCGCUGUCCUCGAAGGCCACGUGGAGCCGCUGUUCCCGUACAUCAGGUAAGAGCCCCUGCUGGGGGGAGCAGGAGGAGGGCGCCCUCUGUCGGAGAACCAUUGGACAGAGUGGCACCCCCGUGUAGAGGGGUUGCUGGGUACACACGUGUAGCGGGAAGCUAGUGCAUCCGAUCACAGGCAUGCCAGAUCAAGUGGGGGAGGUUUUCUUGACCCCUGGAGGGUAAAGGUAAAGGGACCCCUGACCAUUAGGUCCAGUCAUGACCGACUCUGGGGUUGCAGCGCUCAUCUCGCUUUAUUGGCCGAGGGAGCCAGCGUACAGCUUCCGGGUCAUGUGGCCAGCAUGACUAAGCUGCUUCUGGCGAACCAGAGCAGCGCACGGAAACACCGUUUACCUUCCCACCGGAGCGGUACCUAUUUAUCUACUUGCACUUUGACGUGCUUUCGAACUGCUAGGUUGGCAGGAGCAGGGACUGAGCAACGGGAGCUCACCCUGUCACGGGGAUUCGAACUGCCAACCUUGUGAUUGGCAAGUCCUAGGCUCUGUGGUUUAACCCACAGCGCCACCCGCGUCCCUUAUGUCUAAACGCUGCCUGUAUGGAGAGUCGGGGCAACUCCCUGCAUAUAGAAAGCUAGCUUGACCUUUAAGAGAAGGCAGGUGCUUCUCCCUGACAUUCUCACUUUCUGUAAGCAGGGAGUUUUAGUUCAUGUAGGGAGUGUUUUGACAUGCAACUGUCCACAUGCUGUUUUAAGUGGCCCAGGCUAUUGGGGACGAUGACAACCAAUGGCUUCCAGUUACAAGAGCAGAGAUUCCGACUAAACAUUAGGAGGAAUUUUUGAUGGUAAGAGCUGUCAUAGAGUGGAAUGGACCCCCUCAGAAGAUGGUUGACUCAACUUCAGUGGAGGUUUCUAAGCAGAGAUUGGAUGGUCAUCUGUCAUGGAUGCUCUAGUUGAGAUUCCUGGCUUGCAGGGGGUCGGACUAGAUGACCCUUGAGGUCCCAACUCUACAAUUCUAUGAUUCUAUUUCAGUUUGCUGGAUCUAUAAACUGGCCCAGAGGGAAAGGGAGUCUGGUGGUAAUGUUCUGAGAUGAUUGGAGUGGACUGUACCACUUCAUACAAGAGGGAUCAUACUGGCAAGUAGACAAGCGGUGUGGUAUGGGGAAAUGGCUGGGUUAAAGUAUUUGUACUUUAUGUGCUAAUUCUUGACUUGGAGGUUUUCGUUUGAUCUUUAAACAUAGUGAAGCAUUCAAAAGUGUUGUCUCCUUACGACAGUCUCAAACAGGCAUAGGCAAACUCGGCCCUCCAGAUGUUUUGGGACUACAACUCCCAUCAUCCCUGACCACUGGUCCUGUUAGCUGGGGAUGAUGGGAGUUGUAGUCACAAAACAUCUGGAGGGCCGAGUUUGCCUAUGCCUGUUGCAUCCCACAUUCUGCUGCAUUUGUAGGCCUGGCCUGUGAGGUCUUCAAUUCCAAAGGUUAAGGAUGUGGUUUAAAGCACUCACCAAUUUGAUUAAGGGAGCUUACUGGUGUGUAAGCUGCACUGAUUUCCGUGGGAUUUAUAGUCUCCAGAAAGUGGGUUUAGGAUCGCAACUUUAAUGGAAUGCUGAUUGUCAUAUAAAAAUCCCACGGACCAAACAGAAUGAAUGCUCAAGACUUAACUUAAACCUUGUGAAGCAAAUCAGGCUGAACGCUCAGUAAACAGGUUGUCUUGAGGAACCCAUAACUAACAGCAAGUUGUGACAGGACAGUAACAGUUUGCUGAAGGACUAAGACCUACUGAGUAAAUGUGCAUAUUGUUGUAUCUCAUGUGUUUAACUGAUCCUAUGUGUCUUUCCUCAGAAAUAAAUCCCACUGAUUUUAGUGGGGCUUACUCCCAAGUAAGGGUGCACGAGACUUCAACUUUUAUUACCCAAUCCUUAACCCUGUUUGUUUCUAUAAGAAAUCACAUCAGGUAAAGUAUACUUAGGAUAGUGUAUUGCAGCUUGAGGUAGAGGUAGCGGUGUAAUCCUAACAAUAUUUACUCAGAAGUAGUAGGACUUCUAGAUAAGUGGGUCAGGAUUGCAACCCAAGUCCCACUGAAUUUGUUGGGACUUGAACUUGUGGUGGAGAAAACAGCACUUGACUGUGAAAUUAUCCCAUCUAUGUAGGGUUCUGUGCAUGGCAGCUGCAAGAUUUGCAGAAACACAAAAUCGAAGCUUUCCUAGUCUUUCCUUUGUUACCAGUGCAGCAAGCACUUGACUUUCUUCCUGGCUUGCAGCUAUGAAAGCCACAGACCUUUCGUCAAGGAAAAUAGCAACCCUGCUUAUUGUUAGAUGACCCUCGGGGGGGGGGGUCUCUUCCAACACUACAAUUCUAUGAUUCUAAGAGGGUGUAUUCAAACACGCUUAAGCUUAAGGGAAAUGUUUUGUAUUCCUAUGGCGCAGCGGUUGCCAUUCUGCUGCUAAGGAAACUGACCCUGCCGUAAAGUUGGUCUCCAGUGGAAGAAAGAAACUUGGAUACUUUCCCUGGGCAUCAUUGGUUACUGUACUACUUAACAGCAUCUAGUGAGAUGACACAGAGAGAGAGAGAGAGAGAGAGAGAGAGAGAGAGUGUCGGACAUGGAAUCAUACGCAGAUACGGGAUUUCCUCUGUGCAAUUCAUAUUUAGUAGAAAGUUUUUGGUUUCUGUGGUAUGGCCCCUUGGCAACAUGACUAAUUCCAGGACGCAUAUUUUCAAAUAUAAGGUUAUUGCCUAUUUUUUCCUAUAAUUUUUCAAUAAAAUUGUACACACUUUCUUUUUUUCUCAUGACCGUGCUGGUUCUGGAAACCCGGGAAUAUCUUUCGUGGCCCGGCCCUAGUUAGUUGUCUUUAUGCCUGAUAAUAAUGCUGAACCAAUCAGUAUGUAAGCACAUGAAAGCGCAAUAUAUAUAUAUAUCCUUACUUGUUCUGCUGUGUCUCUCAUGCUAGGCCCAAGAGAGUAGAAUACACAUACAUUGAGUUGAUCUUAAAACUUUAAAAGAUGAGGGUAGAAUGGAAAGUGCUGCAUGAACUGAAUGAUCAAUGUGUUGGCUCAUCACGCCCCUACAAUCUGAGACAAAUAAAUGAACAAAAGCAAAGCUGGCCAUAACUUUUCUUUGUAGUGCCUUACCUUUGUUUAAGCUUAAUUUCAAGCCUUAAAAAAACAACAAAAAAACCUGCCUCAAAGUUAAGCUUUUUGGAACAGCUAUUUUUGUUUGGUUGUGUCUCCCCUUAACACAGUGGAAACUGACUUCUGACCAGAGCUUUUGUUAUACAGUGGUACCUCGGGUUACAUACGCUUCAGGUUACAUAAGCUUCAGGUUACAGACUCCGCUAACCCAGAAAUAGUACCUCGGGUUAAGAACUUUGCUUCAGGAUGAGAACAGAAAUCGUGCUCUGGCGGCGCGGCGGCAGCAGGAGGCCCCAUUAGCUAAAGUGGUGCUUCAGGUUAAGAACAGUUUCAGGUUAAGAACGGACCUCCGGAAUGAAUUAAGUACUUAACCCAAGGUACCACUGUAUUGCUUUUUAGAUAUCUGUAAAAAGGAGGGAAAUCAUUACUGAUAUGGUUUAAAGCCAUUUUAUAGCUAAUGUGUGCUUACUGAAGCACUGUAACAGAAAGAAUAAAAGUUAUGGAAAUCCAUUUUACUGGAAAUCCACAAUUAUCUGCGCUUUUUUUAAUUGGGGGAAGGCGUUAGGCUGUAUUCUCAAGUUCCUGGAUCCAGCAGGCGUUAAAAUCUAAUGGAGGAUUACAAACCCCUGGAUAAACCCCUGGAGCCUCACGCUUGCAGAUUGGGGUGGCGUGCAACAACUGCAAACCAUCACAAAGUUGUGAUCGCUAGUAUGACUCAAGAACUCAUCCCAGCAGAAAUGGAUAAGUUAUGCAAGUGUUUUCUUGUCUGUACAGAAAACCACAUAAAUGUGGGUUUAUGGCAGAGGUUUUCAACCUUUUUGAGUCCGUGGCUCCCCUGACCAACUGCAUUCUUUCUGUGGCAUCCCUGUGGGGCACAGGAGCCCUGUUAUGUCACCCCUUGCCUGCAGAGCUGGCAGCCUCUCAUCCUUUUUUGAACACCCUCCCUUGUGGAGUGUUCCCUCAGCCUCCUCUCCUCUCCCCUCCCCUUGGGAGUCCUCCCCUGGUCUCUGAGCUGACCCCCCACCAAAAGAGAGGUGCCUCCUCACACUGCCCCAUAGGGUUCUGGGAAGCACCCCUUCCCGGUCCUAGAAGCACCAUUCGCCUGGGGAGCUUGUAGCCAGGGCUCCUGCAACAAACAGCUGCGCAAGCCUUUGAGGGGCAGAGACACAAGAAGGAACCAGAGGUGGGAGAGGAGGAAAGAGGGACAGAGGCCAGUGUUGCCUGUGGCACCCCUGGCCAUCAUUCAAGCCACCCCAGGGUGCCACAGCACCCUGGUUGAAAACCACGGGCCUAAAAUAAUAUGUCAGAACCAGAAUGUCUUAUUACUAGUUUCCUGGAUGCAGUUUUUCUAAGUUAAAUGUUUAUGUUUCUUCUUCCUCACUGUUUUGUCAUUUAGGCACAAUUCACAGCAUAGUUAAAAUUUAAUCACAUUAUAGAUGUUAUUUAAUGACAAUCUUUCAAACACUGUAAUUCAUGCAUAAACCCAAUUUUUAAAGGUUUAAAUAAAAAUGAAUGGCAUUCAAUGCAAUUUUAAUUAUUUGUGAUGCUCUUAAACCAUUAAGUGUUCCAAGAAGAAAUUCAAAUUGCACAUUGGUCAUGUGCAAAUUCCAUUCUCAUCUUACCUAAUGCUCUUCAAAGACUUUGAAGUGAUCGCAGUUCAGUUUAGUAUUUAGGUAAUAUAGGCCAGUCUCUAAUUGAAGAAGUACUUCAGAUUUGUCCCAAGUGAGUCACUUGGGACAUGAGUUUUCUGCUGUCUACCAAGUUACUUAGAGCUUAUUUAUAAUUAAUUUGUGACUCUUAACACUUUUUUAAAAAAAUCCUGCGGAUUAAAAUAAAAGUAAGGGUGUUUCUAAAAGAUGAAUAAAUAAAGUACUGUAUGGGGAACCCAGCUGAUGGUUGGCACUGACAGGGAGUUUGUAUCUGCAAAGUUUACUUUCAGUUUCAAAGAAUCCCAUGCUUAGCACUGCAUGCAAACCAGGAAUCCUGGUUUUAGUGAGUUAAACAAACCAACUUUGUUUGAAGUUGGCUUGCUUAGCAAUCAAUCAGAUAAAGUAAACUGCAGAAUGCUAUAGAAAGAUUGUGCAGUAAGACCAGCACACACAUUCAGGCUGAUUUCCAUUUGCAUAUCUCUUGCUAAAUUUAAAAUCACACAUUCAUAAGGAUGCAGCGUGCUUGUUUUCCAGGUUCAGAUAUUUGCUUCAAGGACUAUGGACCAAAUAUGGAAUUUCCAGUAAUGAAUCAGGAAAUGUAAAUGAAGUCCCAGCAUGACGGGGAGUUCAGGCACUGUCAGUUUGGACACCACCACGAAUUAUGUAUUUGGAGGAGUGGAAGACAGUUCAUUCCUCUCUCACACAGUCUUACACCAUUCACAGUUGAUAAGUGUCUCAGCACUGAUGGAAUUAUCAAUCUGUUGGGCUGUUAGCUAUGCUGAUUGUUAAGUUGUGGGUGAACAUUUUCAGUACAUAACACUGAUGAUAAUAGUAUAUCAGCAGCCCACUCAUUUGAAUGGCUAUAUUCCUAUCUCUAGAUUAUAACCUGAUAAAAUUGAUUGGUUUUUGGUGUGUGGUUUUUUUAAAGGAUCUACACUGGCAAGAACAGAUUUUGAAACAAAGGGAAAAUGAGUCACUACCCCCUCCCUGCAGAAAUUCAAAUAAAUAAAAAGGGACUUGCUUAUUAAUACAAAUGCACCUCAGAGAUACUGGGAGUAUUCUACUUUAAUAAUGUGCACCAGAGCAGCUUUUCAUGGAACAAAACUGAACUUGAAUCCAAAAUAUAUGUGUAUAGAAUCAGGCUGCAAGUUUGAUUCAAGUUUGCAAACCUGAGCAUACAGAUCUGCUGGUAAAUCUGAAAAUGAAGUCAAUGGAACUUUCUUCUAAAUAAAUGUGGUUAUGUUCAAGGUGUUACUCACUUACUUAUUUUUAGACAUGUUUCAUUGACUUCAGUGUAAUGUUGGUUAAUGUUUCUCUGACUUGAUUAGCAAAGCUGUUUUUCUUUUUUCUUCUUCUAAAGGAGUAUGGAUAUUACAUGGUAUUUAAUAAACCUUCCCAGUAAAAAUGCCGUAAAAGUGACUGUCAUUAUUAUUUCAGUUAGAUUUAAAUGUGUUCCUUGUAUAUUAUAACUGCAUGUUUUUGUUUUUUUAGUGAUACAGGAGCAAAACCUCCAGAAAGUGGUAUUUUUGGAUUUAUGAUUAACAUUUCAGCAUUCCUAGGUAUGUAUGUAUGUGUCUGUUAUUACAUUUUUAAUUUAAAAUUUCUAGUCUGUCUCAUUCUAAGACUUGAUUGGGUAAAAAUGAUUACCUGUAAAAUGGGCACAUAUUUUCAGAUAGGAAAAACCACAAAAAAAUGCAGCAUAUUCUCUCUGCUCUGGAUUUAUGUGGUAUUGGCUGCUAGAAGUCAGCCCAAACCCAGUAGUCUUAAAGUGAAUUUUAUCAUCAAUGUUAGCUUUAUAAAUUUUAAUCCAGGGUAGUUUCUGAAUUCUGGCAUUCAGAGAAACUAGGAAGGGAAGUAGGCUUUCUGUGACAAAUUUCCAAGAAAUGCCUAUGUUGGAGAGGGGAUGGAGAAAGGUUAAGACCAAGCGCUAGCCCUUUCUGAAGUACCGUUUUGCGAAAGUCAUUAGAACUGUGAGUUGCAUGGAUCCUGCACGAGUCAGACUUUGGUCAUUUGAGUUCUAGUAAUUUGUUUAGGUUUUUUAAGUAGCUGUAUUGUUUCAUCCUGCAUUGUGAUUUGUUUUGAUCUUUUUGUUAGUCACCUUGGUUUUCUUUGGAAAUAAUGGAAUAUACAUCUUUUAAUAAAUUGGUAUAUUACAUUUUCCCACAGGGUGGGUUAGCAACUGUUUUUGUACAUGGAAGAAAUUAAAGGGGUGCAUCCCUGGGGCCGAAGAGUAAGCUUAGCUACUAGCCCAGGUUGUCCCAAUCAUUAGAUCAUCAAAUCUGCAUAACUUCUGCCCUUCAUCUGUGUUCCCCGCCCAAGGUUCUGCUCUUGGUUGUUCCAGAAUGGGACAGAAUGUUGGGAGCUGAAAUGAAAAGCAUUCUUUGAGGCCUCCACCUUUUACUCAUUGUGUUGCGCAGAAGAGCUUUAUAGCAUAUAAAUUAUCUGAAUAGGAUGGAGAAUCUUUCUUCCCUUGUGUUGUUAGGAUCAGAUCAAAGUGGGUUGAAUGAUUUUCUUUUAGUCUCAAUUUCUUUUUUUUCCCAAAUAAUUUUUUAUGAGUUUUCCAACACAAUUAUGCAAUUUUAUCCAAAUUUUAACAAAUUAAUUCUUUUUGGACUUCCUUCAGCUUCUCUGGCAAUCAUCCAUAUUUAUUCUUCAGUACGCAUUCCCUUCGUUGUACAACGUAGUCUCAAUUUCUUAAUAACUUACGUUUUUGACUUUUUUCCAAAAAAGGUGCAGUUACGAUGUAUGCAAGAUACCUAAUUGUCAAGGAGCAAAAUGAAGUGACACGUUUCAUUUCCCCCUGUUUCAAUUUACUAUCACUGUUUGUUGGAUGGAUAGGUUGUGUUGGAAUGGGCAUUGUUGCAAGCUUUCAGGUAGGCCCAAAUUAAAUUUACCUUUUUGUCUGUCUUUCCUCAAUUGAUAUUUUGCUUCUCCUUCAUUUGGCCUACAAGUAGUUAAGAAUACCAUAUAUAGAUCACAUUCUAAAGCUAGUCCUUAAAAAACCAAAAACGAAACCUCUGGGCAAAUCAGCAACCAAGAAUUGGAACUGAUACUGCAUGGAGCAAUGCAAUGACUCUCUCAUCCAGAGGUCAAAGUCCUCCUAAAGACUGUUUCUUGGUUUACUGAAUGACAGGCACGUGGUGGCUAUUGAAGGAGUGCAGGGCAGAUAAUUCCAGGUGUCUGUCACUAUUACAGAUAGUCAACAACCACAACAAAAUGUGGUUCUCCCAACAAUGUUCCUUUGGAAGAUCUAAUGGCAUCAAAUGAUGCUAUGGAAAUAAAUGAGAGAAGGCAUUUUAGAAACAAUUUAUUAUAUACCUGGCAGCCAGUUAACACACAUGUUGAUGGCUUGAGCCCUCCUCCAGCCCAUUGCUGUGUCCAGAUACCUGUUCAGAGUAGCUAGCUGCUAAACAAAGACAAAAUUCCAUUGCUUGAUUGUUUUGUUUAAAUCUGUGGGUUGUGUUGCUAGUUUCAUGCUUUCCCAUGGUUAUUAAUGCACUGCUGUGCGGAAUUAGCAAGUGGACAAGUCAAAUUGUCCUUAACCCUUCACAUUGUGACAUUUCCUUUUAUAUAUUUAGAAGCUGUGCCCCUUAGGUUUUGCAAGAAUUUGUAGCAUAAGAUAUGAGAAGAGUGAAUGAGGUAAUUAACUUCAUGUGCAGAUGCCAAAGUCAAGCAAGGUUAAGCAGAUUGUUCAAGGCCAACUAGCAAAUAACAAGAACCAAAAUCUCACCCUUCGAUUCUGAAGCCAGGAUCUUGAUCACAGAACUGUGGAUAUUCUGCAGAAAAUAAUUAUUGGUUGCAUAAAAUGAGCAUGAUGGAAAACAAGGUCACAUUGCUUUUCUAUGUGGUGGUUCUCCCCUAUCCUUUAAUUGGUCUGUUGAAAAAGAAGAAGUGCAAGCAUAACAAAAAGGAAGAGAACAAAGAAUAACAUGUGUAAACCAUAAAGCAUCACAGCUCUUCUGUGCAGUUUUGACUGUCCUGGAACCAUAUGGAAAAUUCUGAGAACAGGGAUGCACAAUGCAUCAAAGUUUCAUGGUUUCUUUUCAGUCUGAGAUAUUAACAAAUCCAGUCUGUCUUCUCGUGUUUACCCUCUGCAGUAUCAGUCUGCUUUUUGUGUUCAUUAGCGAAAUUGCAAUCGUAGAUAAUGCUUUUCCAAUUGUCUUUUCAGGAGCUAACAGUUCCUGCUGUCCACGAUGGAGGUGCUCUUUUAGCUUUUAUGUCUGGCGCUCUGUACAUUGUGCUUCAGACUGUAAUCUCUUACAAGUCGCAUCCACAAUGGAGCAGUUCGUGUGCGUGUCACACAAGGCUGUUCUUCUGUAUAAUGACUUGGGUAGCUAUCAUUCCCAGUAUCCUUUUCAGUAUGCCUGUUUAAAGCAUGAAUAAUCUACCUUAACAACAACAACCCAUUCCUAUUGCAUUCAGUUAUUUGAAAUGCCUUCACUGAAAGUAACAUGUUCAUUCUGCUAUUCUCUAGAUCUUCUGUUAUUGAGGCUUAGCAGACUACUAAGAAUGGGAUGAUUUGACGAUUACAGCCAUAAAAUUUAAGUAAUGUUGAGAGUUGGAGUUAGGGUCUUGUUUACGUGAUCAUUGGUUCUGAGGUAUUGGCCCUUUGAAUUUAUUUCCUUCUCGUGAUUCGGUUAUAUGACCUAAGGGUUUGUGCAAGCUUGGUUGCACUCAAAGCAUGGUUGACAAUAAAACCAAGGAAAAGAAUCCCUGGAUGAUCAAGGGCUGUUUGCUCGUGUUGGUUAUUAUUCAGGGAUGGAUGAAAUUAUGCAGUCACAACAAGUAGAGAUCAGAGGUACCAACCAUGAGAGUAAAAUAACAAGACUACUGAGAAUCACCAAGGUCAUCAGGCCAUAGAUUGCAAGCGGUUUUGCCUUUGCCCUGCUGCUUUCCCUUGGAAACCCCACUCUUUAGCAAUAAAUCAGAACCAGUAGCAAUCCGUGGGAAACCCAGCUGACGUUUGCUCCGAUUCAGCAGUAAAGAGCAAGUUUUCCCCAGGGAAGAGGAAGUGUGGAUAAGUCCUUAUUCCAAAACAGUUCUGAGGACAGAAUUGCAUGUGUGGCUACUCUGAGAUUUGAUGGUAAUAAAAGUUCCUGAAAUGACUGUGAUUUGUCAACCUACAGUUCAUAUCAUUUUGGAGAACUGUAAACAUUUUUUUUAAAAAAUCAAUCAAUCAAAGGUCCUAUCAUUGAAAUAAAAAGUCUGUGACCAGAGGGGAAAAAACAACAUUUAGGCAUUUAAAAUCUAAACCGGAUACUAACUUCAUCCGUUUUCCUGUUUGGUGAACUUUCUUACAUGACCAUGCACCAAACAUUCGUGGCUGUAUAAAUUUUAAAAUGAGACGUGCGUCAUACUUCUUGCAAUUGUCUGUGGAAGUUUGUGUAUGUUUGUGUGCUGGCUCCCACUGACUGUUCCAUUCCUCUGUGUGAAUAAUUACGUAUUGCUGCAUUACAAGCCAAAAAUAGCAUUACAUUUUAAAUCAGUUGUUUCCCUUUAACACCCUCUCCUCCAGUGAUUGCGUGUGCUUCACUAGUUUCCAUAACAAAGAUUGAGUGGAAUCCAGGCGAAAAGGUAAGGUAUACUAAGUAAAAAAAUACAAUCGUUCUUCCAUUUUGUUUGGUUGUUCAAUACUUUCAAAUUAAGACAGGCAAAAGUAGACAACAAAGGACUUAACUUUGGUAAGUUUGAAGCUGCACAGACUAAGCUAAGUUGUGCAAGGCUAAGAAUCAUUUUGCAUUUACAUAGAUAGCCAUAGUUAUAAAAGCUGCCAUAUUGUUUUGUGAUACUUAAUAUAAUGCAAAAGAAUGUACGUACAUUUUAAUAUCUAGGCAUGUUUAACGCUGGUGAUAGGUAAAUUGAGAACAAGAUGAGCUUUCUUUCUAAGUUAGCACUGAGAAUGCAUAGGUGUGCCAACAUCAGGAUACAGAGGGGGAGACACAUAUCCCCCCCCCCAAAAAAAAGGGCAUUGCAGGGCAUACACUGUUACUUACCUCUGCUCCUAUUUUAUUCACUCAUUCCACUGGGUGGCCAGAGCUGUCAGAAUCUCCUUUUGUAUCAUCAAGCGCAGCAAGCAAAAAGCAGGCUUUUCGCCUUUGUGUUUGGAGAUGCAGUAAUGCUCCUCUCCUUGCUGCGAGUAGGCUCCUUACACUUGGGGUCAGAAUGAGCAAAGCACAUUAUUAUUAUUAUUAUUAUUAUUAUUAUUAAUAAUAAUAAUAAUACCCUGCCCAUAUUGAAACAGAUUAACACAUCAAACAUUUAAAACUUCCCCAAACAGGGCUGCCUACAGAUGUCUUGCAAAAGUCAGAUAGUUGCUUAUUUCCUUGACAUCUGGUGGGAGGGCGUUCCACAUGGCGUCACCACCGAGAAGGCCCUCUGCCUGGUUCCCUGUAACCUCAAUUCUCACAGUGAGGGAACCACCAGAAGGCCCUCAGAGCUGGACCUCAGUGUCCGGGCUGAACGAUGGGGGUGGAGACGCUCCCUCUUCCUGGUACAACAUGGUGUUCAGCUAAGGUUUAAGGUUUGCUAUAGCUGCUGCAGCCCUGUUUCAGUUUGGGAAUGAAAUGGUUCAGUGACAACAUCUGUGUAGGAAUCAGGAGUGAGAAGCUACACAUUUGGGUUUUGGAGGCUGUGCAUGGGGUUUGAAGUGGUAUAAAUGAAGGAGUUUGCAUAAUCAGCACUGAUCCUACCUUUAGGCGGAUACGUACUAAAUUCAGGAGAUGUGCACUAAAUUCAGACGCCAUGGUGCAUCUGUAGCAGCACAGCCGGACGCCUUCAUCUGCUCCAGCUGCAGAUGUCUCUCCUGCACUGGUCUCUACAGCCACAGCAGGCGCUGCAACCUUCCAACAGCUUGACCUCACCCCCAAAGCUGCAAUCCUCCACUGUCUCCCAAGACAGACAGAUGCCAGCAUCAUGAAUUUAAUUGUGAUGGUGCUUGCCUGCAAAUUUCUGCUUAUGCACCCGUAUAUAUGCACUUGCCUGCUGAGGAUAACACUAUUUGCUGCGUUUAUAGGCAGCCUUUUUGCCGAGGCACCCAGAGGGGAGGUUUACAAUUUUAAAAUACCAAAAGAAAAGAAAAAAGAAAAGAGAAUACUGUGAAAUUGGUUGCAGUGAGGGGAACAGUCUUGACUGGAGCGGACCUGAUGAUGCGUUUGUCUGCCUCACUGUCUUCAUGCAUCUAAAGAAACAGGCUUUAGUCCAUUAAAACCUCUUACCUUAAUACGUUUGUUAGCCUUUAAGGAGCAACAAGGCACUCUGUUUUUGCUGCAGCAACAGACUAAUCUCGCUGGAAAUUCCUAAUUUCUGCAAGUAUUUCUGUGGGUAUGAUAUACCACAAGAGGGAGCACGUGCCUUAUGAAUCUCAUAAAAUAAAAAUAAAAAAAGGGGGUGGGGUGGGGAGAAUGCACUUUGCUACACAAUCUUGCUACAGAGUGUAAAUGGGUGAAAGUAAUCCCUAAUGAUUCAAUAUGUUUGUAUCCUGAGGUGUGAGGGGCUUUAUUUAUUUGAAUAUUUGUAAACAGCCAGGUCAAAAAAAUAUCAAGGCGGAAUGCAGUAAAAUAAUUAAAAACAUCAUAAAACUUCAAAAUCUUAAAAUGGCAAAAUACUGAACAAGUGACCAAUAGGGUAUUUUGAAAAUCUAGAUUAUUAUUUUUUUAAACAGCUUUUCUUAAAGGUAAAGGGACCCAACAGCUUUUCUUACAAGACGGGAAAAAGUCUUUAAAGCAAUACCCAUCAAAGAAAGAGAGAAAAAACGGUAAUAAAAUAAUUCAAAAUUUCGGAAGGAUUAACAAGGAAAUGUGAACCUCAGUGUCUCCAAUGUAAUUGUUCUAAGGAGUUUAAAAUUUAAAAAAACAACAAAAAAAUGUAUUUCUCCAAAAUAAAAAUAGGCAUCUCCUUUGUGUUCCUGGUGUAUACAUUAAUUGGUAUCUGCCUGUCUGACUUGCCUUCUGUUUGCCAUGUUUAGUGUUUAGAAUUACUUUUUAUUUAUCCUUUCCAUUAGGAUUACGUGUUUCAUUUUGUGAGUGCAAUCUGCGAAUGGGUAGUAGCCUUCAGUUUUGUUUUCUUCUUCUUAACUUUCAUCGGAGAUUUUCAGGUGGGUAUGGCAGAACAAAAGGUUUCAUGUUCAGAGCAAAAGGGCUUCAGAGUCUGAGGGCCAAACUGUACAUUGCCAUAAGCAUAUUGCUUUAAACAUCAUUUUUGUUCUUAAGAAAAAGCAGCCAUGGGGGCGCAUGCUCCAGAAUACACACUAAAUCUGGAUCAAGGGCCCAUGCCAGUAUGCUGCCAAAAAUCCACCUGCUGCAGCUGCAGUUUGUAGAUGCCCUUCAACAAAGGUUAUUAAUGAUAAAAUGCAAAAUAGAACAGAGCAAUAAAUUCACAAUAAUGACCAUCAGCAGAAUACAUUGUCGCAAAACAAACAGCACAAUAACCUUGUUAACCCUCCUAUUUCAAACAGAGCAGCUGUGUUUUCAGCGACAAAAAAGAUGUCAACAAGGGGGUUGCACAUAGCUCUAGUGGAACGGAAUUCCACCGUCUGAACCAAAAGGCCCUCUUAUCAUUUCUGCAUGACCCCUAUUUGUCCCUGAAAAUGGUGGUUUCAGCAUAUGGUACCCUAAGGUACAAAGAGCGGCAGUGGGGAUAAUUUUGGCCAUUAAUUCCGAACUGGAAAAAAGUACUGCAGUUUCAGACACAUUCGAGUUUCUGAAAAACUACUGCCCGUACCCAGCCUUUAGUUGCCAAUUCUGGCAGUAGACAGGUGCAUUUUUUUAACAAAAUCUGUUCACCAUAGAUACACGUAUGCAUGACUUUGGGUUGUAGCCAGUCUGUUUUGGGAUGAGGUCAAUUUUAUUAGCUUUGCCUGAAUUUAAAUUAUAUUUAAGAUUGGGGCCCCAGCUCUCUUCAAAUACUAGAUGAAGCAAACCUUUUUCUACUAAUGCCAAAUAUUUUUUCACUUUUCUGUCUACAUGCCUGUCCACCAUGUAACACAUGUGUAGCCAGUACUUUGUAGUGACGGGUUAUUCUCAUUCUCUUUUUGUUCCAGGGAGUUACAAUACGGAUAUCAACAGAGCUACAUGGAAACCUAUGACCACUUUUUAUAGUUUGAAUCAUAGAAGCUGGGGUCUAGGGCAUUAAAGAAACUGUUGGGGAGACUCCAGAACGGUAAAAUCUGGUGUGACGCAAACCUGGUGGAUCAACGCUGCAAGUUUGCCUAAUCAUAGUCAAGGGAGAGACUAUUUUUACUUUUACUAAUAUCCCCAUGUGCCUUGUUUCCCCUUUUAACCUGUGUUCUAAAUCCUUUUUGUAUUUUUAAAUACUUCUUUCCAGUUUCAUUUUUAAAAAUGAGAAUGUCUGAAAAACGUUAACUUCUGGAAAAAAAGGAGAGGAAGAGACAUCCCUCCUCGACAACUGUUGCCUUCUAUUUGUUGGAAGUCACGAUGGCCUCAAAGUAAAACUCAGGCUGCAGUCUGGUGAACUCGGUCCCACUGGUGAACUUGGUGGGGCUUUCUUUCAACUGACUGUGCUUAAGAUUGUGUUUUAAAAUGCCUAGUAUUCAUUGUGGAUAGUAAUGUCUGCUUUUAUGUAUUAGGAAAUAAACUGGCCCUGAUUUAAAGCGAGGUUGUUGUGGUUCAGGUCCUUUUUGAACAUAAAGGGGCUUCAGCAAGGCUUGCUCAAGGCUUCUCGCUGCUUCAGAUAAAAUAAUAAGAUGUUCUGGCUACAGAAACUAACCAUUGAAUAUUACUUCAGCACUAGCUGCCUCUGUUGCACCUUAGGGCACUAAGCUAGUUUCGCGGGUGCAGGAAAACGUUUAUGGCACAACCAACUCUGUCCUUGCCUCACUACCACUGCCUGCCCCUCAACAUCUGCUGCCUGAGGCAUCUUCCUCAUGUCCUCAGGCUGCCAUGGUCUUCAGUUAGUCAUGGCUAACUUGGCCUUGUGGGCUACAUGUCCUAUUGAAAUCAAACAGGGGUGGCUACAUUCUUUUUUGGGCCAAGGGCUACGUUGAGUGCUGGCCAGUCCUCCAAGAGUCGCAUGCCGCUGAAAACAGCUCCAUGCAAACCAGGAAGUGACCUCUCCAGACAAUGGAAGGACCCUUCUUAUCUAUAGCUGUGAUCUCCUGGGUGACGCUAUUAGGCAGUUGAAUGUGCAUGCAUACUCUGUCCAUAUCCCUACCUCCCCCCCUCCAUGUGGCCCCGGCCCUGGCAACCCACGCUACGCCACUGAUCUAUGCUAUACACAUUUACUUGGCAAUAACAUCCCAUUGAACUCAGCAGGAGUUAGAAAAGCUAACUAGCUCUGGACUGGGGUCAAAGUCUGUCUUUUCCAUUAGUGAUACUAAAAACACUUCCAGGAGAUGGGUGCACAUGCGCCAUAAGAAGUAACUUUAUAAAUUAACUAAAUGCACGUAUAGGCUUUUCUUUACUUGACAGGGGAAUCAUUUUGUUCUUGUUUUUUAAAAAAUCAUUUCUCUGUUCUUUUGGAAAAGGAAGGACAAAAUUAAUAUCUGUGGUGAAAAUCUGAGAUGUAAAAAAGCAUGUAGGUUAACAUACAUGCUGAACAAAAUAAAAGGGGGACUGCUUGUACAAAUCAGAUUGCUAAGGGUUUUUUGUAUGUCUAUAAUAAUGUAUGUAUAAUACUUUCUUGACUGCACAGUAGAUGGCACUAAAGGACCAUAUUGGUAGUGUGUAUUGCCCCCAAAUCCUUAAAUAAUAAUUGAUCUACUUCCCUGGGAAGAAAUAAAUGUGUGGGCAGCUUGAAGUCUGAUCAGAUAGUCACCAUAAGACAAAUUAAUUGCCUUUUCCUAUGCUUGUAGAAAAAAGCAGCUGCUAAUCAGAAUGUAUUUAUACUAAUUUUCAUUAUAGGCCACCCCGAGGUGACUUCCAAUAUAAUAAUUAACAAAAAGGACCUAUUGAACCAGCACCAAAAUUAAUUCAGAUGGCUUUCAAAUAAAACUAUUAUCACAUUGCUCUAAAAUAUCUCUCUAGUGUUGCAGGCAAUAUUUAUUUAACAACAGACGUAGCUAUCAGUUACCUGAUAGUUGGUGUAUGAGUGACCAAGCUAGUCUGCCAAGUGUCUUGACAAUAAUUUUACUCUUAAUUGUCAGGCAUGGCUAGUGGGGUGUUCAGCUGACGGGUCACAUAAAUUGUGCCAUAGUUACCUCAGCAAACAAUAUGGAAUCACAUUGACUAAGCAGCUCGUGGAGGGAAGUUUAUAGAACUUUUUACAAUCUCCUAUGGAUUUUAUUGCUCUGAAAUAUUUUGUUGUUCUGUGCAAGCCUAAAAGCACAAAGAAAAGCAAACCUUCAAAAUGGUGCUAUGAAAGAAAAUCCUAUUGAAAUGCCCAAUGUGCUUUAGCUAAAUACAACCUUCAGUUCUGUCAUGGUUCUGCUAGGAAAACAACAUCUUUCCAGAGAGAUGUCAGUAUUUUAUAAGGAUUAUGUCACUGAUAAAGUUUCAAUUUUAGCACU